GGCGCCCUCGAGGAAGGCAAGCCCGGGAGGGCGGCGCGCGGAGGCCAGGCCGCACUUACAGGUUGAUGGUGCGCUCCAGGGUGAGGGGCUUGGUCUGCUGAAUGUACUUGUUUCCGAACUGGUUGACCCCCCGGGGCCAGCCGGUCUGCGAACGAUUGGGCGGCACCACGGACAUGCUGGCGAGCUCGGACACACGCGGCAGGCGGAGAGGGGGAAGCAGGGAGACGCUCCCUGUGCCGGUAGCGGUUAUCUGCGGCCCUCUCAGCGGCCACCACCCGCCAUUAACAUGAGAGCGCAAGUGGCGGCGUACGCCCGCCGGAAGUGCGCCCUGAGCCUCUGGCGGCAGGAAGUAGCGAGGCGGUGACGUAGCCGGGCGAGCGUGCUUUGACCAAUCGCUGGAAGGAUGGUCUCAAUAUCUGGAGCUUCUAUUGAAGCCAUUGCCAUGGACAUGGACCCCUUUCUUCACUGUGUGAUCCCAAACUUUAUCCAAAGCCCAAACUUCUUGGAAGGACUUCAGAAGGAACUUUUGAACUUGGAUUUCCAUGAAAAAUAUAAUGAUUUAUAUAAGUUCCAGCAGUCUGAUGAUUUGAAGAAGAGAAGAGAGCCUCACAUCUGUGCUUUAAGGAAAAUUCUAUUUGAAAAUUUCCGGACCUGGCUUUCUGACAUUUCCAAGAUUGACCUGGAAUCAACCAUUGACAUGUCCUGUGCUAAAUAUGAAUUCUCAGAUGCCCUCUUGUGCCAUGAUGACGAGCUGGAAGGGCGCCGAAUCGCCUUCAUUCUUUACCUGGUCCCCCACUGGGACAAGAGCUUCGGAGGCACUCUGGACCUGUACAAUGUUGAUGAACACCUUCAGCCAAAGCAGAUUGUCAAGUCUCUUGUCCCUUCGUGGAACACACUGGUUUUCUUUGAAGUGUCUCCAGUAUCCUUUCACCAGGUGUCUGAAGUCCUGUCUGAGGAAAAGUCCCGUUUGUCUAUUAGUGGCUGGUUUCAUGGCCCUUCGCUGACCAGGCCUCCAAGCUACUGUGAACCUCUCCUGCCUCGGAGCCCCCAUAUCCCACAAGACCAUGAAAUUUUAUAUGAUUGGAUCAACCCUACUUAUCUGAACAUGGAUUACCAAGUCCAAAUUCAAGAAGAAUUUGAAGAAAGAUCUGAAAUUCUCCUAAAGGACUUCCUUAAGCCUGAAAAAUUUGCAAAGGUCUGUGAGGCUCUGGAGAAAGGAGAUGUGGAAUGGAACAGCCGAGGUCCCCCUAACAAAAGGUUUUAUGAGAAAGCUGAGGAGAGCAAGCUUCCUGAAGUACUGAAGGAGUGCAUGGGAUUAUUUCGCUCGGAAGCACUGUUCUUGCUGCUUUCCAACUUCACAGGCCUGAAGUUCCACUUCUUGGCUCCUUCAGAUGAUGAUGAGAUUGAGGACAAAAAAGAAGGAGAAGCAGCUUCUGCUGCUGAUAGCACCGAAGAAGGAACUAGCCACAGCUCAUCCCAGCUGGAGGCUCAUCGGGCAGCAGUCAGCUGCGAUAGCCCCCACGGCAGUGAGCGGGCCGACACGGAGCAGGAGGAAAAGGAAGCAAAGGAAGAAUCAAGUGUUCCUACCUGCCAGGGGGAACUGAGGCAUUGGAAAACUGGUCACUACACUUUAAUUCAUGACAACAGCAAGACUGAAUUUGCCCUGGACCUAAUUCUGUACUGUGGCUGUGAAGGCUGGGAGCCAGAAUAUGGUGGCUUUACUUCCUACAUUGCCAAAGGUGAAGAUGAAGAGCUGCUAACAGUGAAUCCAGAAAACAAUUCUUUGGCACUAGUCUACAGAGACAGAGAGACUCUGAAAUUCGUGAAGCAUAUUAACCACCGAAGUCUAGAACAAAAGAAAACCUUCCCAAAUAGAACAGGUUUCUGGGACUUUUCAUUCGUCUAUUAUGAAUGACAGGGCUGGGCAAAGCUGAAAAAAAGGAAACAUCUUCAGUACUGGAAAGUCUGGAAGUGCCAAGCACAGAGAAAAGAUCCACAAAGUGACCUGUCUGACAGUGUUCCUGAGCUGCGUGGCUGGCCCUUAAAAGCACUCAUGAUUGUCUUCAUCCUAGACCUUGAACUUGGUGCUAGGUACUUACUUUGAUUUAUUUAUUUAUUUUUUUUUUCAGAUUUAGAGAAAGCCUUUAUUAGUGGCAGGCAUCCGUCCCUCUCCUAGGGAGCAGCCCCGAGCAGGGGGGGAUAAGGGUUUUUAUUUAUUUUUUUUCCUUUUUUUUUUUUUUAAUCUUUAUGUACCCAUACAAUUGCAACCCCCUUAUUUUGAUUUAAAAAAAAAAAAAAAGAUUUUUCUUCUUUUCUUUUUAACUCAAUGCUUCAUUUCCCACAGUGACUUCUUCAGUGACUUAUUUUUUUUCUUGUAGUAAAAUAUACAUAAAAUUUGCCAUUUUAACUUUUUUAGGUAUACAGUUCAGGGGCAGUAAGGACAUUCGUACUACUAUGUGACCAUCAUCACCACCAUCUCCAGAACUUUCCCAGCUUCCCCAUAUGAAACUGUCCCCAUUAAGCAUUAACUCCCACUCUCACUCCUAGUCUACGUUCUGUGUCUGGGAGUUGUACUACUUGUAUCUUCAUAAGUGGAAUCACAGUAUCUAUCCUUUUGUGACUAGCUUAUUUCAAUUGACAUAAAGUUUUCAAGGUUCAUCCAUGCGUCAUCUUUUUUUUUAAAAAAAAAUACUUAAAUGAGCUAAUCACACUGGUUUAGGGAAUGACAGAAUCUUACAUCCUGUUCAAGCUCAGCCCAUCACAGUUCCUCCUGGUGUUUCUGGCUUUGCUGCACUGUCACUCUCCCAGGAGAGUGUGGACUUAGAUGGUGGAUCAAGUGCCCUUGGAAACAGCUUGUACCACGUGGCCUCAGGAGACUUUCGCUCAGCAAAGAAGGCAGACUGACCACUAGACCACAUGGAGUCAGUGCCAGAUACCCCUGCAUUUCCAUCCUGGAGUUGUGGCUUCUGUAAAACUAGAUGAUUUUAGCUCCACAUGUAGCUUUCUGUUUCCUGAAUGCUCUUAAGUCAACUAUAAAACUAGUUGCGGGCCUCCCUGGUGGGACAGCGGGUUGAGGGCACCACUGUGGAACUAUCUGCAGCCUCUGUAGUGUGGUUUUGAUCCCGGCCAGCAGGCAAGAAUCCCACAUGGCAUGGCAGACCUCUCCUGUCACGCCUGCUGCUCCCCUCAGCAGUUUAUUUCCAUCGUCUGCCUGUUCUGUUCCCCACUCUGUCUCUACUGAAUCCACUCACCCUCCUGUGCCUCUGGCCUGUAUCCCAGCUCUUGUAUAAAAAUAAAAAUAAAUCUUAAAAAAAAAAAAAAAAAAAACUAGUUGCCAGGCCUCCCUGGUAGCCUAGGGGUUAAGUGUCAGCUCUCUCACUGCUAUAGCAUGAGUUCUAUCCCUGGCCUGGGAGGUGACCCACAUGGCGCAGACCUCUCCUGUCUCGCCCACUGCUCCCCUCAGCAGUGUAUUACAGUAGAUCCACCUGUUCUUCCCACUUUGCCUCUGGUGAAUCCUCUCACACCCCUGCACCGCUAGCCUACACCCCAGUUCUACGCAAAAAUAAAAUUAAAAAAAUAAAACUAAUUGCCUUUUUUUUCUUUAAGAGAGCAAGUGCUAAAAAAAUUAAAAAACCAUCAAAAUGCCAAGAGGCUGUCCAUUUGUAACAUUCUUUUUUUCCUGAGCCGUUUGAGGGUAUUCUACAACUACUGCCUUUGUGUGUGGGUGUACAAGGGUGGAUGUAGGUGUGAUGGCAUCUUUAAUUGAAAGAUGCUGCCUUCAUUCCAUUCCAGUACUGUUUCCCAGUUUCCUACCAACUAUAAUAGCUUU